GUCCAUAAAUAUCAUCAAAAAACAAACUUGUACUACUACAUUUUACUACAAACUUUUCAUCCUCCCUCAUGGCAAGUGCAUAUAAAUUUGUACUUUUACUAAUCGUUUGCAGUGGAAUAUUAUUAGCUAAUGGAGAUGAUAAUAACAAGAAUAGCCUUGGUAAAAAGUGCGGUGAGGAGGUUCAAAAGGUAGUUGCUUGUUUAACGUUUGCGACGGGGAAAGCCCCGUCGCCGUCUAAGGAAUGCUGUGAUGCAGCAAAGGAUAUCAAGGACAAGAAGCCGGUUUGCUUAUGUUACCUAAUAGAACAGAUCCAUAAAGGAUCAAGUCCUGAGUUGAAGAGUAUGGGUAUUCAAGAAGAUAAAUUGCUUCAACUUCCUUCUGCUUGCAAACUCACUAACGCCAGCAUCUCUAACUGCCCUAAGCUACUCAACAUUCCUCCAAAUUCACCUGAUUAUGACAUCUUCAUCAAUUCAUCCAAAACCACUGGCCCCACACCUACCGGAGGUUCUUCUUCAUCAUCAUCAUCGUCGUCUGAUACUACAAAAGGCGCCUCCAACGGAUACAAGAACGGACCCCAGCUUUCAGUCGCCGGAACAAUUGUGGUUGCUGCAUUUGUAGCAAUCUUUUUAACUGUUAUUCCUAAGGAGCUACUAGUGUUUUGAUUUAAGUAGAGGAAAAGAAACUAGAUGAUCACUGUAAUUUCUUGGAGUUUUUGGUUGUAACGCGUCUUUGUAUUUACGUACGUAUGGAAUUAUGUUUGUUUGGAUU